GCAGUUAACAAAACUGCGACGACAACGCCGCUCAAUCAGUUAGCGGGCGAACGGCAACAGCUGAGAACGGGGAGCUGCUUGCCGGAGCGACGAUAGCUGAGCGUUAAGAGCUGCGAGCUGCGAGCUGCGAGCUGAGAGCCGAGCGCACUGAGAGCUGCGACAUUGGGGUUCGAUUAACGCCAACGUGGUGAACAGAACCGAACUGAAGACGAGGCAGCAGUGCUGCAAAAAGUUCAUAAAAAUCAGGUGUGCAACUGCGAUAUGUUGGCCAAAAGCGAAUAGCAGCGAUGGCUCAGCUAACGUAUGUGGGCCAAGGCCAGCAGGCGGCACUGGGUCCUUUGGCCAGCUCCAUCAUGCUCCUGAUGAGUCUUGUUUUGGCGCUGCUCGGCAUCAAAAUCUGGGGCUUUAGACGGCGCCUCACAUUCGACAGCAGCAGCAGCAGCGGCAGCGGGCGAUCGUCAACGCGCACAGCUCAGCAGCAGCCGCAAACUGCGCCACGUUAUGCAGCCUACGAAUCACAGGUAAACGGCACAGACAACGCUGUGCAUGGAGUGUUUCGCCAACGGAAUAUCGAAGAAUUCGAAAGUGCCAGGCCAACAAAUUCAACAGCCAAAAAAUACCUCGCCGUUAGUGUGCCCAAUUUGCAGCUGAACACAUUGGCGCCAUAUGACUACAAAGAGGAGACAAGCAUACCAGAACUGAGUGGAACAGCCACCCGUCGUCCACAGCAUGCAGCAGCGCGACGUAAACAUCGUGGAGCGCGUAGCUCUAGCUAUGACUACUACUUAGCGCCGCCUACGCGCGAACCACCGGCACCGCCUAUCACGUUGGAAGCUGCGGAGCCGCCCUCUCAGUUGGACAUACCCGAUUUCGAUCACUUUGCCGAAAAAUACAAACUGAUUAGCGUCAAGGCCGCCAACGAGGAAGUCAAGGAAGCGAAUAAAUCGGAAAUCACAAAAAAGGAGCGAGGACGCUAUAUCAAAUAUGAACAGGUAGAUGAUGUCCCAGAGCUCUUAACGCCCGAUGAUGAUCAAGUCGGAGCUGCUAUUUCAGUGGCUGCCCAAGUGCAUCAGUCGGCGACCAUGGCUCAGAGAAACUCUCAGCCAGAACCGGAGCCGGAAACUGAGCAAGUAUCAAAGAUUGAGCCACAGCCAAGAGUAGAGUCUGAACUGGACCCGCAAUCAACACGAGAUGUUGAGCCCCUUGAAUUAGAUCACACGGAAACAGCAUUCGUUGUGGAAAUCAUAGCUGGUACACCGGAAUCUGUUGAUCAAACGGAACCCGUUAUCGCCCGCAACUUGUUCGCCGAUCUAGAACUGCCACACCAUGUGGACGAUGUUGAAUUUGAGCGCAUUCGCUCAUCCUAUGAAAUGAACGAAGCGGAUAUCUUGGAUAUGCGAACCGACUUUACUGGAUUGCAAAAUGAGCUACCAGCGCCCGGCAGCCCCCCAGGCUUUGGAAAGACCAUCGAUGAUGACUGGGAGAACUUUGAAAAUCUGGAAAGCGUAGCGACUGCAGGCCAACGCAGUUGGUCAAUGACCGAGUUGCCACGCACUGAGCGAAGCGCUGUUGCGUCCGAUUUAGAAAAUGUCGUGCGAGAAGACACACUUUUUCGGGAAAUGGAGUUAAUGGCGUCCUCAGAUGAGAUAAGAGCACAGCGGGCAGCUAAUAAUUCAGAGCCACCUCCAUAUGAUAUGAGGUCUCCUGCUUCACCUACCCUGCCCGACUACGAGUCACUGAUGCAGCUCGAGGUAUCGCGAACAAAUCGAAAGUUGCCCAACUACGAAGAUGUCGUAGGCAAGGGGAGCACUCCUAAAUUUGUGAGCAGCAUAGAGGAUAUGUUCGUAGAGCUGCAAGUGAAUGGCAACUCCCCCCCUCUCGAUACAGAGGUUAGUGCUUUCGAUAAGCUGUGUGAGGAUCUGGACAUUCCGCCAUCGCCAAUGCCGGCACGCCGGACACCUCAGCCAGCGCCGCGCGUCUCCAAGCUGGCAACGCUCAGUGUAAGGGGCCAUGCGGCGCCAUUGAACUGCUACGAGCCCGAGGAAUUGCCGAGCUCCAGUUCUAGCGAGGAGGAAUUAGAGGAAAUCGCUGCACCACCACCACCACAGCCAGCUAAGCGGAAGGCGCGUACUCUCAAGGUGCGCUUCGAUGUGGAAAACUUGCAAUACUAUCAAUCUGCCGAGGUGCCUAGCUCAACAGAGUCAGACACUGAGUUUGACUCAGCUGAGGAUCAAAGUGAAAGGGAAUCGUUGCCACCGAGGGCAACUCAGCGCUUAAUCACAUUGCUACCUGAGGAGCCCGAAUCACCAAAUGCUAAGCGGGAUGGUGAUGUACCCAAGCUAUUCAGCUCCCAGAUCUCGCAGGAAGAUAGCGAUGACGAAUUAUUUGGACGAGCCAUACGUCAGCAUCGCUCCCUGACAGAGGCAUUGCGGCCUGUCGCUGGAUUAGAUCACACGACGCAGAGUGAACGAAUUACAGAGGCUUAGAAUCCCAA